AUGUCAGAAGCUAACGAAAAUAUCCCAGAAACUCUUAAUUUAGAAAGUCGAACAUCGUACCCUAGACAAUUAUGUUCUAAGACGAAUAAAAAAUUUCUCAUUGAAGCUCUGGAAAAUGAAAUUAUACCAAAUAUGCCAAUAACUACGUUCAAAGAAAUUCAGACCCCUGAAAGUAAAUUGCUAUCUGAACAUAGAUCCGAUUCAGAAGAGUCAAAUAGAUGUAUUUCUCCUUGCUUAUGUCGUGGAAGUAUCUCUAAAGUGCAUAGAACAUGUUUGGAAAAAUGGCUUUUACAAGCCGACUCUAGUGAUUGUGAAAUUUGUACAUUUAAAUACAAUACCAGGUGGAUCACUAAAUACUCAUUACUAGGAUCAAUUAAAGGAUGGUUUUUUAGUAAAAAAAACCAAGAAGAAAUCAAAGAAUUGUUCCGUGACUUGUUUAUAUUGCUCAUAAUAGUACUAUUGUUAUCCUGGCUUUCGUUCUUAAAAGUUUUUAUCAUCAAGCUCGACAGAGAUAUACAGGUUAUUAAAGUCCAAAUAAUUUGA